UCUCACACAAAUACUCACUCUUCUUCAUCACAUUCACUUGAUAUGGCACUCAACACGUUCUUAGUUUUCCUACUUCCCCUCUUGAUUCUUCUUGUUUGCACAUUACCUUCGUUUACUUUUGCACAAGAAGUUUCUCCCAUUGUUGAUGUUGCUUCACUUAAUCGCAGCAGUUUUCCGAAAGGCUUCAUUUUCGGGACAGCAUCCUCAGCAUAUCAGUAUGAAGGUGCGGCAAAUAAAUAUGGUAGAAAACCAAGUAUAUGGGACACCUACGCCCACAACUAUUCAGAGCGCAUAGUAGACAGAAGCAACGGAGAUGUCGCAGUAGAUGAAUAUCACCGCUACAAGGAAGAUGUUGGGAUUAUGAAGUCUAUGAAUAUGGAUGCAUACAGAUUUUCUAUUUCUUGGUCUAGAAUCCUUCCAAAAGGAAAGCUCAGGGGAGGUAUCAACCAAGAAGGAAUUAAAUAUUACAACAAUCUCAUCAACGAGCUGCUAGCUAAUGGUCUACAACCAUAUGUGACACUUUUUCAUUGGGAUAUGCCCCAAGCUUUGGAAGAUGAGUAUGGUGGUUUCUUAAGUCCUCACGUUGUAAAAGAUUUUAGAGAUUAUGCGGAGCUUUGUUUCAAAGAAUUUGGAGAUAGAGUGAAACAUUGGAUUACUUUGAAUGAACCAUGGGUUUACACUAGCAAUGGCUAUGCAGUUGGGGAAUUUGCACCAGGUCGAUGUUCUAAAUGGUUGAAUCGAAAUUGCACCGGUGGUGAUUCAGGAACAGAGCCAUAUUUAGUUUCACACAACCAACUUCUUGCUCAUGCAGAAGUUUUCCAUGUGUACAAGAAGAAAUAUCAGGCAUCUCAAAAGGGUAUCAUAGGAAUAACAUUGGUGACUUAUUGGUUCGAACCACUUUUAGAUAACAAAUAUGAUCAUGACGCUGCUGGACGAGCAAUUGACUUCAUGCUUGGAUGGCAUUUGAAUCCACUGACAACAGGAAAAUAUCCACAGAGUAUGCGUUCCCUAGUUGGAAACAGAUUGCCAGAGUUUUCUUUGAAGCAAGCUAGGCUAAUUAAUGGUUCAUUUGAUUUUAUUGGACUAAAUUAUUACACCACUUAUUAUGCUACCAACGCAUCUUCUGUAAGCCAGCCCAAUUCUAUCACAGACUCUCUUGCCUAUCUUACACAUGAGCGUAACGGGAAUCCCAUAGGUCCAAGGGCUGCUUCGGAUUGGUUAUAUAUUUAUCCAAAAGGACUUCAACAAUUGUUGCUCUAUAUCAAGAAAAAUUACAACAACCCUCUGAUUUAUAUUACUGAAAAUGGUAUGAGUGAGUUCAAUAAUCCAACACUGUCACUAGAGGAAGCUCUUAUAGACACUUUCAGAAUUGACUAUUAUUUUCGACAUCUCUUUUAUCUUCAAUCUGCAAUAAGGAAUGGAUCAAACGUCAAAGGAUAUUUCGCAUGGUCAUUGUUGGACAAUUAUGAAUGGUCUUCAGGUUAUACAGUGCGAUUUGGAAUGAAUUUUGUGGAUUACGAAAAUGGAUUGAAGAGGUACAAAAAGCUAUCCGCAAAAUGGUUCACGAACUUUCUCAAAAGAUAUUAGACUUUGGAUGACUAAUUGUUCUACAAAUUAUGCAAUGAAGUACAUCAUUCAAGUUAAGCUUUCAAUAAUUAUAUGAUCCUUCGACUGAAUCCGCUUCUGGUGCUGAUGUGGGUGGGUUGUUGUGAUCGUAUUUUGUUUUUUGUUGUAUCCAUCUGCUUGUUCCAACUGCAGCGGUGUGGACUGUGGUACUGCUCAGGUCCUGCUUUCGUCUUGUUGGGUUGUUUUAGUGGGUUGUUGUUAUGUUGCCUUUUGUACCUUUUUGUUCCUUGUAACUUGGGGGAUUGAACUCUUUUACUCCAAUGUUCUAUUUCUCUUUGUAUCUGUUAUGUUUCUAAUCAAUAAAAGUUUCUGUUAUCUAAAAAAUUA